ACGUCAAGAAAGAGCAAAAAAGAUUCGAAAGACAGCACAACACAAAAAAAGGGGCCAAAAGUGGUCUUCCAUCAACAACAAAAAAAACCCUAAUAAUGCAUCACCAACAACAAGAACCCUAAUUACUUCGAUCCCAUCAAAAUUCAUGCAAAUCACAUUGCAAUAAACAUCAAUCACUGCUUAACAUCAAGUUAUGGCAAACUCUAGAGGACCUUCAGCUGCAAGAAACAUGACGUGCAGUGCAAGAAACUCUUUACUUCCACCUAAAUGUCCAUUUCCCAGCAUACCUCCAUCAUACGGCGAUCAUAUUUCAAAUUCUGUUAAUGGACCGAAAAGGAUACCUAAAUACAGAGAUGGGAAUCAUUGGCAUCAUCAUCGCACGUCGUCCGAAAGCCUUGUGAUUGAAGAGCAGCCUUCUUGGUUGGACGAGCUGCUUAACGAACCCGAAACGCCGGUGCAAAGAGGGCAUAGACGGUCGUCGAGUGACUCGUUUACGUAUUUGGAAGCAGCGAAUGCGGUUAAUACGGAAUAUGCUGUGAGAAACGAACAGGAAAUGAGAAGUUUGAGUUUGAAUCCGCCGUGGGGAGCUCAAGAUUUUGUUUAUAAAGAUGCGCGGAAUAUGUCGUAUUAUGGAGACGUGAAUGUCGGGAUGAGAAGUAGAACGCGGGGAUGGGAUUCUCCGAAAGAUGUUAACUUGGGACUUCAGAGAUCGGUGUCUUUGGGUGCUACGCAAAAGCUUGAUGGAAUUGGUUCAACUGGUAGUGAAAGACUAGAUUCAGCUGAAUUGGGUACACAAGAUUCAGGUGAAGCUCGUCCGCAAGAUGCAAAUGGUAGUUCUGAAAGAAAGGAUUGUUUGAAUAACAAGAACUCUGCAUCGGAAACGGAUACGAAACGUGCCAAACAGCAAUUUGCUCAACGUUCGCGGGUGCGGAAGCUUCAGUAUAUAGCUGAACUAGAGAGGAAUGUACAUGCUUUACAGUCAGAAGGUUUUGAGGUUUCAGCUCAACUGGAGUUUCUAAACCAACAAAGUCUUAUACUUGGAAUGGAGAACAAAGCACUCAAACAGCGGUUGGAGAAUUUGGCUCAUGAACAACUAAUCAAGCGUUUGGAGCAUGAAGUUUUGGAGAGAGAGAUUGGGAGACUGCGAGCCUUAUAUAAGCAACAACAACAACCGCAGCAGCAGCCACCACAAGGUCACCGGCGAACCGCCAGUCACGAUAGACUCGAUUUCCAAUUUGCAAACCUUACUUUAAAAUAUAAAGACUCUAGCUCUGUCCUGGAUCCUGUUUCUAGCCAGCCGCGUACCUGAAAACAACUAUUACAACAGUCGUAUGCUUUCCCUAUUGAGUGGCGUGGUUUGCCCUUUGGGUUUGGUUUGUUGUUUGUGUGGGUCCGUUAUAUAAGCAAAAAAAUGCAUCUUACUUGCACCUGGUAGUCAUUACGCUGGAAACCGUCGUGUUUUCCGGUUGGGAACUAACCGGAGGUGGAAACUUGGGAAAAUGGUUCAACUUUUCAUUUUCCCCUUUGGUUUCUUGGUGUUUGGUCAAUAGUUGUUAGACUUGCUUACUAAUCCCUUAAUCUCCUUGUAAUAAGACUAAUAAUGCUUAAUGGAGAUAAUCUUGCUUGCUAUCGGGUCGGGUUGUCGUGUUGUGCAAAUGGUGUCUCGGCCGAAUAAUUCCCAUGUGGUGUUGUCAAGUUAUGUUGUAUUAAGAUUUGGUAACCAUCCAUGUGCAACACCUUCCACAUUAAUAAGAACCGCUUUUUCUUCUUC